CUCAUCCUCCAUAAUUAUUCCUCGGUUCCACGCACCCGCUCCCUUUCCCUGCAUCGCGCCCUGUGUACCUGUGCGAUAGUGAGAGUCGUUCCCCGUGCUCCCGCUAUCGUUGCUUCCCGCGCUACCGCGGUAGUAGCUUCCACGCGCCGCUCCUCAACAUGGAGGACUGUUGCGUGGUGUGCGCCGAGCCGCUUCAGUGGGUGGCGAUCGGCCCGUGCCGCCAUCGCGACGUGUGCUCCAUGUGCGUCGCGCGGCUGCGUAUCGUCAUGAACGACAGUCGCUGCUGCAUAUGCAAGCAAGACUGCCCAGCGGUCGUCGUCACUAAAGCCCUUGGCGAGUACACGCGUUCGUCGUACGACUUCUCUCUCUUACCCGGGGCCGUCAAGAAGCCCGGGCUGACGGGAGGCGAUUUCUGGUACGAGCCGGCCAUGCACGCGUAUUUCGACGACGAGGACCACUUUAAAGCCAUGGGCGCCAUGAGCCGCCUCGCGUGUCGCGUCUGCCAAGGCGACGCGCCGCCGUCUGCCAUGGACGCUGCCGCUGCCGCCGCCGCGAAUGCUGACGCGGCAGCCGCUGAGGCCAGGUCAGCUGACGGCGGUAAAGGCGGCGGGGGAGGUGGCGGUCGGGGUGGUGGGGCAGCGGGGAGAGGCGGAAGCAGCGGGAAGGGGAGAGGAGGAAAAGGGGGAGGCCACGGGGGGAAGUCUUUGGCGGGCCCUGUUCCCCCAGGCUUCUCGUUUACGCACGUCGAUUCGUUAAAGUCACACCUGCAGCAGUCGCAUCGGCUGGGCAUGUGCGACUUGUGCCUGGAGAGUCGCAAGGUGUUCGUGUGCGAGCAGCGGCUGUACACUCGGCGCCAGCUUGAGCGACACGCGGCGACGGGCGACGCGGAGCCGGAUCGGGAAGCGGACGCGAGCGAGGUGUGGGGCGGGUUUCGCGGGCACCCGCGGUGCGAGUUCUGCGUGAAGCGGUUCUACGGCGAGAACGAGCUGUACCAGCACAUGAGCGUGGAGCACUACACGUGCCACAUCUGCCAGCGGGCGCAUCCCGGGAGCUACGAGUACUUCCGGUCCUACAACGACCUCGAGGUGCACUUCCGCCACGAGCACCACCUGUGCGAGGACCGCGAGUGCCUGGAGAAGAAGUUCGUGGUCUUCGGCUCCGACAUGGAGCUCAAGCGCCACAUAGCUCAGAUGCAUGCGGGCAACAUGAAGCGAGCGGAGCGCAACCGAGUGCUGCAGAUCCCAGCAUCUCAGCUCUUCAACUUCCACACCCCUCGCACCAGCUCAGACGACCCCAGUGCUGAGUCCUACACUGCAGACCGCUCCCACAUGCCCCUGCACGGACACGGGAGAGGGGGGAGGGGGGGAGGCAGGGGGGGGAGAGGGAGAGGUGGAGGGGGAGGGGGCAGGAGAGGGGGAGGGGGAGCGGGAGGGGGAGUGAGUGACGGUGAUGCUAUGGCAGCGAGUAUUGAGUUGGCGAUGGUGGAUGCGGCACUCCGGGAGUCAGCUGCUGCUGCUGCUGCUGGGGGGCGUGGGGCAGGAGGGGUAGCAGGGGGCGGAAGCAGCGUUGAAGCCUUCCCUUCCCUCUCCGCCGCCUCCGCGAAUGCUAGGGGAGGUGUUGAGAGCAGCGGUGAUGGCAGUGGUACCGCUGGUGGUGCUGGUGGUACUGGUGGUACUGGUGGUGCUGGUGGGUAUGCGGACAGGGCGCUUUCAGGGGCUACACCAGGGGCGGUGGUGGACACCCUGUUUCCUCCGCUGCCCAAUGCUGCCGGGGCUGGGAGGAAGAAGAACAAGGGCAGGCAAUGGGCGGCAGCCGGAGCGGGAAUCGGCACGUCAGCAGGUGCAGCAGGCAGCAGCAGCGGCAGCAGGGCGAAUUCAGCAGCAGCGGGUGGUGGGCCGACCAUGGCAGCAGUUCUCAUGAGUGAUCCGGGCUGGAGCAGCAUCACUAACCGGGGCGUUACAGCAGGAGGAGGGGGGAGGAAGGGGGGGAAGGGGAAGAAGGGCAGUGGGUGGGCGGGGUUGCCUGCACGAGGGGCAAGAGGCGGCAUUCAAGUCCUCAACGCUGCCGGACCUAUCAUUUCCCAAGCCAGCACGGGAGGCUCAGGGGUGUGGCGGAGGGCCGGGGAUGGGAGUGGUGGUGGUGGUGGUGGUGGUGGUGAUGGGAGUAGUGGAGAUGGAUGGGCGAUGGUGGGUGUGAGUGGGAGGGAGCAUGGAGGUAGAGUGGGGAUUGGGGUGGGCGGUAGUGACAGUGGCUUGGCUGUGACUCCCUCUGCGUUCUCCCUCUUGUCUGCAGGGCAGGAGGAGAGCGAGGGGGAAAGCGAGGGAGAGAGCGAGGGGGAGAGUGAGGGAGAGGGUGAGGGGGAGGGAGAUGAUGGGAGGAGUGACAGGCCAGGAGGGAGGGGAUUGUUGCCGUCACGCACGUCGUCAUCACCAUCACUAUCAUCAUGGGCAUCAGGAGCAGCAGCGGGAGCAGCAGCAGGAGGAGCAGCGGCACGGACAGAGAACGGUUAUUCAAGGAGCGAAGGGAGCAGCAUCCUGGACCGUCUGCAGCUCGACGAAGCGGAGUUCCGAGCCGCAAACCGAACAGUGUUGGAGGAGAUACGGUCGUCGCUGGGAGGGGACAAGGCCAAGCUGGAGGACUUCAAAGACAAGUCGGUGCAGUUCAAGUCGGGUGGGAUGCUGACCGUGGUGUUCUACGCACACGUGUUCCGCCUGGGAUUGAGCCACGUGGUGCCCCAGCUCGCGCGGCUGUGCCCGGAUGUGAGGAAGAAGGAGGAGCUGCUGCAGGCACACGCGCAAAAGGAGGCGAUGAUGCGCAGAGGGGGAGGAACGGCUUCUGCUGCUGCUGGUGCUGGUGAUGACGCAGCAGCUCCUGUGGGUGGUGAUGGUGGUGGUGGUGGUGGUGGUGGUGUGUCUGGUGUGGCUGGUGGAGUGGUGCAGUCAGGCAGAGCAAAGCAGGGUAAAAAGGGCGGGGUCGCUUCAUUUUCCUCCUCCUCCGUCUCUACCUCCUCUUCCUCCUCAUCAUCUCCUGCCCCUUCCAUGUCAUCCCCGCCCAACCGUUCCGCGCUGAGUGCUGCUCCUGCGCCGCGUAACGCCAAGCCAUCUGUGGACCAACCGGAGAGCUCCAGCUGGGCGUGUGGCAUCUGCACGCUCAUCAACGACCCCUUGGCUCUUUGCUGCGCUGCCUGUGGCUCUGUCAAUCCCAAGGCAUGCAAGGAGGCAGCGACAGGGAGGGGCGGAGCAGCAGGAGGGGGAAGGGGAGGGGGAGGUGGGGGUGGGGCACAGAGGGGCAAGGGACGCAAGAACAAGGGGAUCACGGUGAGGUUGGGUGAUGGCUCUGCUGCCGCGCUCCUUGGUCGCAUGGAUGGCAGGGAAGCAGAGGGGCCGCCUAGUAGCUGGGCUGCUGCUGCUGGCGCUGGUGGUGGUGGUGGUGGUGGUGGAGGUGCAUGGGGUGGCAGUGGUAGAGGUGCCUGGUAAGAAGCUUGAUGGCCAGAAUCGUGGAAUUAAUGUAUGAAAGUGCCCGGGAACUCUUUAGCACUAGUGAUUACUGACUGGAGGUAUUUGUUAGACUCUUUUGAUAUGUUGACUAACUUACCACAUUGUGAUUCGUCAAAUAGUUCGUGUUUAUGUUGUGCCCCCACAUCUCCUUGCUGAACCUCUCUUGGAGACGUAACGCAUUUGCCGCCUUUCAACCCGAUCGCGUGCCGUUCAACAAGGGCGUUCUUUGAACCGUAAGUCCAGGCCAGGGCUUGUCUGACAACGGACGGACCUACCUGCAUAUGGCGAGGACAGUUCGGGAUUAGGCACACAGUUAGCAGAACAAGUUAUUUGGUUUGUCAUUGUUUCGUAAAUAUGGUAAUUUCGUACAUUUCGAAGCUCCUUCUAACAG